ACUUUGACAUUCAAAUUCUUGUAAGUGCGGUGCAUGUUUUUCUACUUUAAGCGAUUAUAAAGAUAAAACGCUAUAAAAACAGCUCAAACUCGACUAGUACUAGAUAAAGUUUCCCUCAACUAUACAUUUUCGCCAAAAGAAACCGUUUUACCUCAUCACCAGUACCUAUAAACUUAUAGCCAAAAAAUGUCGGGCAGAGAAGGAGGCAAGAAAAAACCCCUGAAAGCACCCAAAAAGGACCAAAGGGAGUUGGACGAUGACGACAUUGCCCUAAAACAAAAGAUGAAGGAGCAACAGAAGGCUUUGCAGGAGGCCAAGGCGAAGGCUUCCCAGAAGGGCCCCCUAGUGGGCGGAGGCAUCAAGAAAUCAGGGAAAAAAUGACUGCCCAUCUAUAAUUUAAUAUAUUUUUUGCAUAAUACGUUUUGUUAAAUUAAUGGACUAAUAAAGACUUUGGUUUAA